AUGUUACUAUCUUUAAUUGCCAAAAAAUCCAUCCCGGUGGGGAAUGUCCUAUUCAAGUCAACAGUAUGGCAAGCAGCACGAAGUUUUUCCUCGAGUUCCAGUUCCAGCGCAGGGUCAGGGUCAGGGUCAGGGUCAGGGUCAGGCUCAUCGUGGGGGAGUAGCAAAACUUACACCACGUCUGCCCAGUCGAAAAAUGCUUCGAUUCCGCCCGCAUCACCCACAACAACGGCUUCGCAAAACUACGAAACCGCGUUGACGACGUUUCCCAAUUACCAGAUCGCGGCCGCGUUCCAGCCCAAGGAGAGGAAACCCAGCUCGAAUCUUUUCAAAAGGGCCAAAAGCAGCGCGGCGUUGGACUCGCCCACGGGAGAAGACAACUUGUUCGUGUCGAAGCUAGCUGCUAGCGGAUCAAUUGCCGUGGGUGUUGCCGACGGCGUGGGAGGCUGGUCCGAAGCAGGCUACGACUCGUCGGCCAUUUCACGCGAGCUCUGCGCAAGCAUAAAAAAGACGUUUGAAACAAAGGGCGAAUCAAACACCCCUAGGGAGUUGUUGGACCACGCCUUCCAGGAAGUGCUCAUGUCGGAAAAAGUCGAAAUCGGCGGCACCACCGCCUGUUUGGGGGUGUUUACGGCAGAUAUGAAACUAAAAGUGGCCAACUUGGGAGAUUCGUGGUGCGGUUUAUUCAGAGAUUACAAGUUGAUCACCGAGACCAAUUUCCAAACUCACAAUUUCAACACUCCCUACCAGUUGGCCAAGAUACCACAACAUAUCUUGAAACAGGCGGAAAUGGAAGGGCGGAGAUAUAUAAUAGACAGCCCCGAGAUGGCCGACGAGUAUACUUGGAAUCUAAAAAAGGAUGAUAUUGUCAUGUUUGCAACCGAUGGCGUCACUGAUAACGUGAUACCUCAAGAUAUAGAGAUUUUCUUGAGAGACCAGAUCGAGGAUCGCAAAGUGGAGCUUGAUGCUGUUGCUAGAAACUUUGUCAAAGAGGUGGUCAAGGUUAGUAAAGAUGGCAACUAUCCUAGUGCAUUUGCCCAGGAAUUGUCGAGGCUAACCGGACAGAAAUACUUGGGGGGUAAAGAAGACGACGUGACGGUACUAUUGAUAAAGGUAUUAUAG